AUGCCAGCCUCCCCUGCACUUAAAACUGUCGACAUAAUGAACAACUACUUCACCUCCGCCCCCAUACGCCCUAAGAACUGCUCUGCUGUCAGCCUGAGGCUUUUUUACAACCGCCUGCCCAACCUAUUAUGUGGCUCAAAGCACGAGCAGAGGAGCAACAAGACCUGUGCUGCGUUCUGUGGGCUGGGGCAGGGCGAGGUGCUGUGCAGUGGGCAUGGGUACUGCUUCAUGAAUGACAGCAGCGGACUGAGCGAGUGUGUGUGCGAUGUGCACUACUCCACCCGCAAUGAUCCCCACACGUGCACAUACACGAUUGACCCCGUGCUGGCCUCCUCUGCUGCCACCCCCAUGGCGCUGAGUGGCUCGGCGCUGACCUCUGCUGGCGGUGCACUGCUGCUCACCCCUAAGGCCAACGCCACCUGGGGCACGGCCUUCACAGCCGCGCCUCUCCCCCUCUUCUCCUACUUUAACACCAAGGCCACAUGCGGUUACCAGUUCGCCUUCAACGUAUCCCUUGCCUUCUCCCUCGACCCGGAGGCAGAGGCAAGCGGGGAUGGGCUCGCGUUUGUCGUCACUGCAGCGCUGCCAGACCGGCUGGGAGGGGUGGGGAAGAGGAGUGUGGCGGUGGAGUUUGACUCGGUGCUGAGUGUGAAGCACAACGACCCCAACGACAACCACGUGGGCGGCUCACCUGUGUCCCUCGCCUCUGCCACGACCCCUCUCAUCCUCAACGACGCCCACACCAAGCACGCCUGGAUCCACUACGACCCCACCAGCGGAGGCACCCUCCAAGUCUUCCUCUACUCCGACCGCCAGCAGCCUCUCACUCCUACUCUCCGUGCUCGAGUGUCGCUCUGUUCCAUCCUGCAGCCCAAGGCGUCAGCUGCUGCAUUCUACGUCGGCUUCACAGCCUCGUCCACCGCUGCCCCACAAGCACACUCCGUAAGCAAAGGGUGA